AUGCCAAGAGUAUAUAAGAAGAAAAUUGGGCCGGCCGGCAAAAAAAAUUACAAUGACAUAUUUCUAAUAAGGGCAGUGGCGGCGGUCAACAAAAGAAUAUUAAAUGUCCGGGAAGCUGCAAGACAAUAUGGCGUACCAUACACAACCUUGUACAACCGGGUUCAUGGUAAGCAUCCUUUAAAAUAUGGCAGACAGCCAGUUUUGCCGGAGGCUGAGGAAAAAUUACUAGUUGAUGGCUUACUUAUUUGUGCAAACUGGAGGUUUCCAUUAAAAUCAACCGACAUAAGAUUAAUUGUUCAGAAAUAUCUAAAUAAUCUGGGGUGCCGAGAGAAAAGAUUUACAGAUAAUUUACCGGGUUUGGAUUGGUUCAGGGUAUUUAUGGCAAGAAACCCUAAUCUAACAAUAAAAUUGGCUGAAAACACUAAAAGAGUUAGAGCAUCCGUCGACUAUGAGAUGCUUAAUAAUUAUUUUCCUGAGCUUCAAAAAACUUUGAAAAAUGUACCACCAUGUAACGUCAUAAAUUAUGAUGAAAGCAAUUUCGUCGAUCACCCUGGCUCAGUAAGGGUUGUCGUAAAACGCGGGGUAAAACAUGCACAUAGGAUAAUAGAUACGUCUAAAACAAGCACCAGCGUAAUGUUUGCGAUAUCUGGAAGUGGAGCAUUAUUGCCCCCAUACAUAGUUUAUAAAGCCAAGCAUCUUUACCCUGGGUGGUCAAAAGUCGGCUAUCCAGGAAGCAGAUACAGCAGAACCACCAGUGGAUGGUUCGAUUCUGCAAUAUUUAAAGAUUGGGUCCUCAAUAUUCUUAUCCCGCACACAAAACAUUUGGUUGGGCCUAAGGUAUUAAUAGGCGAUAAUUUGAGUAGCCAUCUAACUCUUAGCGUUAUUCAAGCAUGCGAAUCCAAUGACAUUUGUUUUGUAUUAUUGCCCCCAAAUUCCACCCCUUAUUACAGCCACUUGAUGUGGCCCUUGAAGGCUGCAUGA